CAAUCCUAAUAUAGGCAUUUAAUUUGAUCCCCCUACCUAUGAAUCCUGCUAAGCGUCUGGCACCGGACGGUGACGAAACUCUGGGGCCCAAUGGGACCUUUAAUAACGAGAAUUCCGUGCAAGAGUUUGAAUCUAAAUGGCGCCAAGUAAGAGCAUGUGCUCGAUGUCAUCGGCUCAAGAUGAGAUGCUCAUACAUUGACCCCACACAUAAAUCAUGUAAACGUUGCUUUGCGAUAGGGGUGGAGUGUUCUCCUGACGAAGACCCGACCGCUAGAUAUGCGAAAAAGAAACGUACUAGCGCCGCAGCUUCUUCGACUACUGCUACUGAUCUUAAGUCUGUGACACCUCUGGAGAUGAAUGAAAAGGAGCUAUUAGCCAAGCUUGAUUCAUUGACCUCAUCACACCAAGAAACAUUGAGAGUCUUUGAGAGAGUCCAACAAGGAAAGUCUGUGCAGCUGAGUGCUCCUCUUCAAAGUUUACAGACUCUACGUCAAAACCUAACAAUUGCUUCUCAAAAGGUCAAUGACAUUAUCCAGAAAUCUAACUCAGAUAUUUCUACCAACUAUAAUAGUAGUCUUCAUCAUAGCAAUGCGGGCUAUGCGGGCUAUUACCAAGGAGAGCCUCGAUAUCCUUUCAUUCCAUAUACCCAAAACAUUGCCAAAGAGCUCGUAUCUACCCACAAGCUUCUUGAUCUCUCAGAGGCUAAGGUAAGAUUUGAGUUCUUCAUUAAUGAAAUGCUCCCAUAUUAUCCCAUAGUUUCAUUUUCUAAGAAGCUGUCUAAUUUUGAGUAUCUUUUUGAAACUGGGCCCCUUCUUCUUCUUGCCUGUAUCACAGUCACCACCAUUCAUGAUAAUGGAUUUUCAAAGUCAACUUCUCAUAAUAAAUCAUUACAAGAUUUGCUUAAUUACUAUCUUGAGAGAUUCAUAUCACACCGAGUUUAUAUACAAUCAGAUGGGUUUGGUAUCCGUUUAAUUCAAGUUUGUUUGGUUCUUUCGACAUGGAGCCCUCCGCCAAAUAAAUUGGGACACUUUAAGAACCUGGUAAAUUUACUUAUGGGUCUCAAUAUUUCGUUAUGUAUUGGACUUGGAGAUCCUCAUACCACGUACGCUGGUUCCAUUUCUGAUGAUGAAUCUGAUGAAAGAAAUGAUUUGAGAACUUUCAUUAGCGUUUAUUGUAAUUGUGGGUCUUUGGGACUUUCUUUAUCAAGAUUCAAACUUGUAACUUGGUCUGAUAACCACCACAUAGCCGUGGAGAAGUUAUCUAAAUUAAUGGACAAUCGUGGAGAUAGGUUUCUAGUUUAUUAUGCAAGGUCCAUCAAGUUGGGACAGGAGAUCUACCAAGCAUUAGCAAUUGACUCACAAGGUGGUGUAACAAACAAUCAACAACACCAUACAACACCUUCAAUACUGUUAAUAUCACAACUGUCUACACUCCCACUAUCUAAAUUAGUAUUUAUUGCUGAAAACUAUGAACAACAACUCUAUCAACUACUUACAGAAAGUGGAUUCCUAUCUACAGAUACGUCAUCCAAAUAUUCUAGAGAAGCUUACCUUUUAUCAAUAAUGUACUACCAAAUUCUUUUGGCUAUGUAUGAUAAGCUACUCUGUGUCCAUUUGGCUGAGUAUGAACGACAUAAUCAAACAUCUGAAAGAUCCAUGUAUCCAGAUGAUCCAAUGUACAUCAACCUCACAACAAAACUCAUCACCAUUUGUGAAAAUAUGUUGGAGUCUUAUAUUCAAUUAAACGUCAAAGAAACCGUCAACUAUCCGACAUUUGUAUAUUAUCGACCCAUGCAUGCAAUCGUGCUACUUAUACGAACGAGACUUCUUAUCAAGUCCCAAGCUGCAAUCAGAAUGAAUCCAGAUAUUGGGAAUAUCAAGAUAAAUGUGGAGCAUUAUUAUGAAAAAAUCUCUGCCAUUAUUUCAGAUAAUCAGAAACGAUUUUGUCUGGAUAUUAGUCUUGCUAUGAAAGAAAUCCUCACCAAAAUUGAACGUUGGAUCAAAGUAUCUGAAGAAUAUACCACCACAUCUUCCCCGGCAAUGGGUAUCAAUGAUAGUCGGAAAUCCACGCAUAGGAGUAGUUUGUUGAUUAACUUGAUGGAUCGAAGUAAACAUCAAGAGAUCGAGGCAUUGGAAGUGCCACAUGAUGUAGAGGUUAAAACUGAGAAUAACACGUAUCUGAUACAGCCACCAGUAACCACUUCAGAUGCACAACAUUCUUUGGUCCCUAUAGAUUCACAACCACCACAUUCCAUCCAAGAACUUUUCCAGGAAAUCGACUUAGAUAUCAUGAAUUACCUUAACCUUUUGGAAUCCAAUAGUAAUGCUGAUGGUGGUAUGGGUGGAACCACCUCUCUCGCAGCCGUUGGACAACCCUCUGUGGAUGCACCCACGGUCGCUGCAGAUUCAUAUUUUGCAAAUUUCUUUUCAUCAGCGAGUGGAAGCUUACCAGACUUAUCUUUUACUCCAUUCCCACCGCAGAAUGAUACAAAUAAUAAUUUAUAAAGGUUUGCAA